AUGUACUUUUUUUCCCCUUCCGUGAUUCCUCCCUUCCCUCGCUGGUCUCGUUUUAUCCGUUCUCUGCGCAUCCGCCAUCAUUGCCUACGUUCAUCACCAGCAACGUGUUCAAAAGCUCGAAAUGAAAAAGGGACUGCGCGCAGAUUAUCUGCGACAACUCAAAAAAACACAACAGUGAAUGCCGAACGCGGUACCCUCUCCUACAUACGGGGUAGAAGAAGUUUGGCCUUGGCCUGCGUAUACAUUGUGUACGCCUUGAUAAGUUGUAUCAAUUCCAGGCGGAAGACCAAGUUCUUGGACCAGCUGCCAAGGAAGUAUCAGUCCGUCUUUGUCACCAAGUCUAUUCCAAAAGCGGUCAAGAAGUGGUUGAAGGCGAAGGUGGUAGAGAGCGCUGAAUGUCACUUGUCGCUGGAAGCACCGCGGAGGUUCUGGGGUUGGUCUGACGUGCGCGAGAGCAAGUUUUGCAUUAGCUACCGUUUGUCGAUGAUCAAGUCGAUGGAGGUUAUUGAGUGUUUGGCGAAGAGAGAAUGCGAGGAGUGGGGGAGGCCGAGUUCUAUGUCGGCUAGAGAGUAUAUUUGGAAGUUGGCGAAGGUGGUUCCGUUUGACGGUGUGGUGGCGGAUCGGUACAUUAAGUUAUACAGUCAGGCGAGGUGGUGUCCGUUGCCGUGCAGCAAGAGGACGUAUGAGCAGUUUUUGAGAGAGGAGGUGGGCGCGAUCUUGAUGGCGUUGAAGCGUCGAGGGUGCUCGAGUGAAGAGAGGAAAUAA